AUGCUUUGCAGGGGGACUGAUUCGACUUGUCUGCGUACAUACGACGAAAUUCCAUCAUUUCUUCAAGGAAAUCCGUGCAUAAGAAGUGGAUACAGAGUAGAACUACGUACCAAGUUAUCAUGUUUGAAAAGUUUGUUCUGGCUGUCCAACGAAACGGUGAAUGUCUGGAGUCAUCUAGUCGCUUUCCUUUACUUUGUCGUAGCUUCUAUUUGGGUAAAUUGCGUUGUAAUUCCUGACACUCUCAGCACAUGGUGGGACCAUUUCAUAUUCACUUUCUAUCUCACCUGCUUUCAGAUUUCAAUGUUGUUUUCUGCUUGUUUUCAUCUUUUCAACUGCUGUGGGUCUGAAAGUUACAAGUGGUGGUUAAGAGUAGACCUCGUUGGCGUUACACUGGGGCUGUGUGGUUGCUACAUCCCAGGCGUGUAUUAUGCCUUUCAUUGCCACGAACAUAUCCAAAUGUCAUACAUUGGAACUGUCUGUUUGCUCGUAUUGUUGUGCAGCACUGCACAACUCCAUCCUUUAUUUCUUUCUCAUCGAUGGCACUGGAAACGGCUUGUUUUGUAUUCAGCGGUCAGUCUUUUUGGAAUCAUACCUUUUAUACACUGGAUCACAACAGUAUCAUUUGCUGUAUCUAUUCUGCAGUUAUUUUAUCCUAAAGUACUCAUUCUCUAUCUACUCGGAUCCAUUGGAGCUCUUUUUUAUGCAACAAGAUUUCCCGAAAAAUUUUUCCCAGGUCAUGUUGACUUGUUUGGAGCCAGUCACCAAUGGUGGCAUAUUCUUACGGCACUUGCACUAGUCUGGUGGCACUUGGCCGCAGUUGAACUGUUUCUUUACAGAGUAACAACCUCGUGCCCAAUGACAGAAAAACAUGUCUAGAGAAAACAGAGAGAACAUCACAAGCAACGGAAGCAAACGUGCAGACACCAAAGUUUGCUGGAUUAUAGUCACUCAUAUUUAUU